AUGCCCGGUGAUACAAUGAUCACAUACUCUAAGGAGCGGCAGGCCGAGCUAGUCGCUCGUUACGAUGCAGUCAAGGCGCGGAUCGACGCAGAGGAGUCACAAGCACCUGUAUUGCUUCUCGCAGUGGGCAAAUUGAAGCCAGCUAGUGACAUCCAGAUUCUGUACGACCACGGUGUCAGACAUUUUGGGGAAAACUACGUGCAGGAAUUGGAGCAGAAAUCGAAAUUGCUACCGGGGGACAUCUGUUGGCACUUUAUUGGUGGGUUGCAAACGAAUAAAUGUAAAGAUCUUGCCAAGAUACCAAACUUGCACGUCGUGGAGACAAUCGACUCUUUGAAAAAAAUCAAGAAAUUGCAGGAGUGUAGAGCCAAGUACCAGCCGGAUCAACCCGCCAUCAAGUGCAAUAUCCAGAUAAACACCUCGCAGGAGGACCAGAAGGCAGGGUUGACCUCGGAGGAGGAUAUAUUUGCCCUCGUGGAGUUCUGCCUGUCUGAACAUGCAUCCCAUGUUCAACUAGCUGGGCUCAUGACCAUCGGGUCCUGGGACACAUCGCACGAGGACACUGGCGAGAAUAAAGAUUUUGCAAUGCUCGUGGAAUGGAAGAAGAAAAUUGAUGCUAGAUUUGGAACGAGUCUCUCUCUGUCAAUGGGUAUGAGUGCGGACUACAAGCACGCUAUCAAACAGGGGUCCACCGAGGUCAGAAUCGGUACAGACAUUUUCGGUUCCAGACCAGCAAGGAGUGAAGCCCAUAUUCUGUGA